GCCUCUGGGACAACAGGUAAACACGUCGCAGUACCAGUACGGCAUCUCUGCUUAGAGUAAUUAGAGUUACUCGUACGUGUAGGAGGUCAACACUGCACUUGUCAGCAACACACGAUUGCCUACUCUCUGGAAGAGCAACUACAGAUGGUUUACAUGUAUCAUCAGCUCUGUUGCAUAUCACCUACUUUGUACAUCUCCAGUACUACCUUGGACCCUUCAAGAUCUUGACUUACUGGGACAAUUUUGGGAUUCAAAGCUCCGGUCAAUCUGCAGUUUUGGAAUUUUAACUACUGAUACGUCUGGUCAGUGUCAUCAAUAUCUAUCAGACGUUGUCAAGAGGACUCCAGUGCACAAAUUGGUACCAGCAGAAAUUUUUCUGUGGUUGUUCGGUUGUGUGGCUGUGCAGGAUCGGAAUUUUUUUUAAUCGCAACGUCAUUAUUGAUUGCCAUUGGAUUGUACGGCGUCGAUCAAACUUGGUGAAAGAUCAACCCGGGCAGCAAGGCGUCAGUUGCACAGAUCAGCGUUGGUGACACAGUGGAGAGCAUAAAUGGCCAACCAACAAACAAGCUAGACCAGAAUGAUGCUCAGAACCUCAUACGCAGUGCAGCCUCACGACUUGAAUUAGCUCUUUCAAGACCACCUCCGUUAAAUGGUCCAGUAAUCAACAAUAACAACAACAACAUGUCAGCGCAGACUAGUUCCAGUGUUUCAGGCCAGCAGAACGUUAGCAACUUUGCGGUCGAUGACGAGACCGUGUCGGUGGAUGGUGUCACCUUCCACGGCUUCUCCCCUAGCAACGUGUCGGUAACCCGCACCACUACGACAAAGGUCACAAAGACCACGCGCAGCCGGUCCCCGUCUCCCGUCCGUGGACGGAGUAGCUCAUCCGAGAAUCUUACGGUGUAUCCCGGCAAGCAGGUUACGAUGCGCUACGACUCGGAGCCCGAGGGCGACGCUCCGCCGGUGAAGUUCAUGUCAGGGGUCAUUUGGACACCACCGGGGAGCAAAGUGAGGAACACUGAUUCCGAUUACUGCACUUGCGAUGAAACUGCCCCUUCCCCCAUCCCGACCCGCACUACCCCUGGUCACUCCACCAAAGAGUGCUCGCAUAUCACGUCGCGUCCGCCGCGGCCACGGGAACCAGCGACACAGCGACGGGAACCAGGCAAACCAAAGCGGCACCGAAGCAGCUUUUUCAUACGACCCAGGUCACGAAGCAGUGACGCUUCCAGAAAAGCAGCAACGCCAUGGAAACCAGUGAAUUUCCAGCCCCGGUCCAAGGACGACACGGCCAAAUAUGCCUUUUCUUCGCCCCCUGUCCCUCCCCCUCCCCCUGAGUCAGAUACUGAGGAUGUGCCCCCUGUGGUUCCCCCAAAGCCCAAGGUGGUCAAACGCAAGCUGUAUCUGUCGGCCAAUCAACCCCGCCCAUCACCUGAAAUCCUUAUAAAGCCUGUGACCAAUGGUCGUGUGCGUAAGACGUCGCGAGGGGCUGAGAUGUUCCAUAAGCGGCAGACCCAGCAGGGUUUAGCCAAAGACACAGAUUCUCCAGAGGAGCCUCCACCGCCUCGGAUGUUGGCCACCAACAACAACGAUUACCCAUCUUCCCAGUACCCUACCUCUCCCGAGCAAAGCUACAACCCAAUCCAGUUCUCAAUGUCGCCCAGUACCCAAUCAGCACCUUACGCCCAGUCGCCCCCGAAACAGGAUGGGUACCACCAGCCAGUCCGGCCUCAAAGAGCCGACUCGAGCCCUAGUCACAACCCGCAUUAUGUGUAUGAUUCGUCGGGCGACUCUUGGCCUGCGCCACCUCCGCCCGUUGCGUCUCCCACUUCCAGCCAGCCGCUGCACGUCGAAGUGAGCCCGGGGCCUGGGAUGUCACCGCCUAAACCAGCUGCCUGGUCACCUCGGCAGUCCAACCCCUCAUCGUACCAGCCCAUUGACAACAAGAGUCCAGCUGCCUGGAGCCCUGCUUCAGCCGCUCCAGUCAAAGGUUUCAAGCCAGUCAAGCUGGACCUCAACCCAAAGCCUAAACCCUGGAAGCCUCCUGGUGCAUCACAGCCAGAGAAAGUCAAUGAGCCAGCCCCGACCUCAUCAAGCCAGCACCCAACCUGGCAUCCACCGCCUCCCGCAUCACAAGCACCCCCUCAACAACCGGUCCCGAACGGCGACCUCCACAGCCCUUACCGACCUCCUGAGAGACAGCCCUCCAGCGAGGGCCCGAGCAGCCCCUACCGGCCGGCUGAUCACGAUCAGGACCGACAGAGGUACAACCCUGCAUACCAGCAGCAACCACGGCAGCAGGGUUGGCCCAGCGAACCCCGUAGUCCUCAAGAAACUCGGAAGCCGGAGUUCCGACAAGUUCCUGACGGUUAUAGCAGUGGUCUUCCUCGUCCAGUCAGUCCAACAGUGACACUACUGAGAAAUCAGAGAGAAAGGGAGAAGGACCACCGGAGCCACGCCGAUUACCUCCCGCCAGAUAGCUCACUCAUGCCGCCAUCUUUAGUGGCCAAAGCGCCCUCUGGUGUGGCAAAACAGCCAGUCGCUGUGGCCAAACCUUUGCAUGCUGGCACGUAUAUGCCAGUCAUUACUGAUCCCAAUGAUCUCCCGGAAGGCGCAGUUUUCCAGAAGCAGACAAUAGAUGGCGACGUCAUCCACACGGACACGUACUACCCAGUCAAGACGAGGGAAGUGACCAAGAAGACAGUGCACAAGGAGGCACCUCAAUACGAGGGCAUCGGUCCCCAGGAUGAGACGGGUCUGCCCAUUGGAUUGAGAGCGAAUGUCAAAGAAGAGAACAGACACGACUGGUACAAGGAGAUGUUCAAGACCAUCCACAAGCAGGAUAGGCCAGAGGAUGAAAUUGACCAAACGUACUUGGAUGCCUUAAUACAAGAAGCUAACACGUAUGAACCCAGCUACGGUUUCCCGGAUGCUGUGGAUGUGAAGGACAAUGAUGACAGUGUGUUUGAGGAGGAAGCGCCCUCAGUUGUCCAAACUUAUCCAGUCAGGAAACCAGACCAAUGGGGUCAUGAUCCUACACUAGAUGUGUCGCCCCCAAGAUCACCGCCGCACAGGCAUCAUUCGCCAAACACCAGUGCCCGUAACACCAUUGAUCGCUACCACCAGCAGCCUCGCAGUAUCAUUGACUACGAGCCUGGAAGAUCCUCGCUGGCUGAGAGAGAAAAAUCGCCGACAGCUCAGUUGUACAAUCCACCCAUUGAACCCAUAUCUGCAGUGCAAAACACAAAAAGGAGCACAACCCUGCCAAGGGAUUUUGCUCAGUUCAGCCAAGUCCCGACUGAAUCACCAUCAGCAAGACAUCUGUCCCCUAAACAAGGCACAAUCCCAAGCAUUUUCUCUACUAAUCCUAACCCGAGUAAUCAGACUGCAUCGGACGAUUCCCCUGAUUCUGUUAAUUUCUCAUGUGAAACAGAUUGUCUAUUAACUCAAUGCAUGAUUCCCCUAGCAACCGUCCGCCAUUUGGAAUUCCAACCCUUGGAUUAUGGUGCUGAUUAUGUCUCUCUCAAUGACAAAAAAGACCACAUUUUGCAGAUGGAAACUGCACAAAUUUCCUGUUCCAAAAAGAUUUACCAUCACAAAAUCUCUGACACAGAGGAGCACAGUGCAAAAAGUCCCAACCAUUUAACAGAAUCACACCGAAAUCAUGAAGAUGUCGUUUCCUUAACAUAUCUUUGUCACGAAUUACCACACAAGAUGAAUCUUACUGAGUCAAACAAAGUUGAAUACUUCCACGGGCCACCACCUGGAGUUUUCCGAAAACCACGUGUGGAUUUAGGAGGAGCUCCAACCCCUAUCCGGCCAGUUGGUGCAGCCCAGUCUGAGCCAGCCGCACAUGGAAACGAAUCAGUUUCUCAGGGUCAUUCCAUUGGAGAGCAGGUAGAUAAUGCCAGUAAUGGAAAUGGGGAGCCACCUGUGAGAUAUGGCCCAAGGGGAAUGGCAGAUGGAUGUUCAGAAGUUGAUCAAUCUGGAAUUGUGUGUCAGUUAAACGCAAAUGGUCAAGUCACAUGCCUUGAUUGUGACACAGGAGAGAACUUUGAACCCCGCCUCCUACCAAGACCAACAUCUUUGUUUGAACCAUACUCCCUUGAACGGGAACAAGAGCGCAGUGCCUCACGGCCCUCCUCUAGCUCACCUAGAAGGCGUGGAAUCCCUCUUGAUAUUGCAUCUGGACCAGCUGGCUCCGAUUCAGCCAACAUUGGCCUACCAAAUCAAGCUCAGAAGAGUCCUAUCUCGAUGGAUACACAAAGUGACAAAUCAGGUCCUUCAGUUGAUGGUGAUCAUCAUCAGGAAGUCCAAAAGCCAGGAUCCUUAAGCCCUGACCAGCUGACUGCUGAAGGAGAGCAGAAGCACAAGAGAAAUAGAAUAGGUGCCAAGCAUCAGAAGCUGAAGCACAUAAAGAAACACCGUUCAGAGAAGCAUUCCCCAAAAGAUGAGGACUCAGAUAUGGUUCCCUACAGCGAGCGACCUAACGCCAGGAACUUUGCUCCCAUGGACAAGAGACGAGCAAUGUCAGCUGAGAACUUGUCCCUGGCUGUCAAGUCACCCGCUUUCAACCAAGAGUCUUACCAGAAGUAUGCCACAGGGCUCAGGAAGGCAAGUCAACAGUCCAAGACCUAUGACGAUCUGGUUAAGUUUUACUCGGAGGUGAAUCGGCACCUGGAGAAAGAGGAGAAAGAAAAAGCGGAAACGAUGAAGGAGAAGUACCUGCCAAAACCUGCCCAGUUGGAGACAUUCUACAGGACACUGCAGUAUUUCUUGGAGUUAGAGAUGGCUGUCCAGUGUGGAGAGGAUAUGAUAGAUAGAGGGAAGAAAGACGGCUUCAUCUGGCACAAGAACAGAGAUGUAGGACUUAAGAAAAAGGAAAAGGACAUUUUUGAGCUAUACGACUUCUUUGAGAAGUUGGAGCGUGGUGCCAUUGGCACACCGACCACAGAACAAAGGUUGGAGCAGAUACGGAUGCAGACAUACCUCCAGAAGGCAAAAGAACUGGAGGCUAGACAGUUACGAGUGGGCCAGUUGUACGAAUGGUAUGAAAACAUAGAAUGCAGAGGAAGUACCACACCUUCCAUUGCCAACAGUCAAGUAGCAUCUCUAGUAGAUCUUGAUGACCAAGGAGAUGGUGUUCCAAAUGGAUUACCACCAAGUUGUCCACAAAAUAUUAGACCUGCAAGUGAAAGUAAGAAUGCACAUCCCAAAGUAGACCUCAGUUUAGAAGAGCUGGAGUCUCUAAUACCAAGGGUUCCAAUGGUAGACCCACCAUUGGAAAGCUUCCCCAACAGGCAUAGACCUCUUGGAAAUUCCAGCACAUUACCCCGUUUGUACACCAAGAGAGAUGACCGUGCAUGGUCUCCUGUUCCGAUGCCCUCAAUUGAGCUGAGCAGGGAAGACAAGUCAAAAGCAGAAGAUGAGAUGGAAGACAAGAUGGAUGAUUUCAAAGCUAGGGAGGAAGUGACACGUGAGACCAUAUCCAGUCUUGCUCAGCCCCCAGCAAGUAUCUUGGAUGCAGGCAGAAAGACCCCUCCAUUUAUGAUGACAGGUAGACCCUCACCUGUCACCAGACGGAGGAGCUUUGACAAGGCCAUUUCAGGCAUAGAGGGUCAGGAGGAGCCUGAGGAUGAACCAGACACUGGUAGUUCUAAGAAUAAUUCAUCUAUCGUUAGAAAAGGACCAGAGAAUUUGAUUAUCCCAAUUGAUUCUGACGUUUCUAACAGCCAGAAAGACUCGCAAGUCACUCCACCAGCUUCUCCAAGAGAAGAGGUUGUUAGACCUGGAAGCCCUGAAGCAUGUGCCCCUCCGAAGCUUCCGGAGCGAUCCAUGUCCACUGGGGUCCUGGGAAUCAGGCGUGUAAUUGGUUCGAUGUACAACCCUACACUUGGGAGGCUCCAGCGCUGGAACAGAGCAGACCUGUCUCAGAUUGAAGAUGAGGACUCCUUGCCAGAUGAGGAAAUCCCAUCACCAGCCGAGUCAAGAACCAGGGCACCUCCCAUUGGCCGGGUUGGCAAGAUGCAGUCUGAUUCAUCACUGCCCACAAUGGCUAGAGGUGCAGGUAAAUCAUUGGAUAAAAAUGGCAUGAAGAAAUUCACGCAAAGCCAGAAUGAAUUAGGACAAGAAAGGGGUUGGGGAAACUUCAAUGCAAGCCCACAGCCAUUCAAACGUGUGAAUCAGAUAAAGUCACCAAUAAAGGAAACAGACCAAGAUUCGAGCCUGUCUUCAUUUGACCUAGAGCCAUUGGAGAGUCUAGUAGCAAAUGAUCAGAUAGAUGACCUUCCAGCAACCCUGGACCCUUUUAGUCGAGUCCAGCAGCAAGAUGAACCUCAGGCUGCUGUCAAAACGCCACAGUUUCAAGCCUCACUGGACCAUCACAUUGAAUCUGAAUCCUUGACUGACUCUUCUUCUGAGCUUGACCACAAGUCCAAAAUACAGCUGUUUGAGGAGAAGAUUGUUGAGCAGCGAAGCACAGACUUACAUCGUCCAGUACCGUUACCACCACCUCAGAAGAAAACCUCAGUGGAACCCAUCAGAGUCAAGGAAGAGAACCAGUCUGAGGUCCUACCAGCUAUUCAUGUCAGGAAUGCAAGUGAGGAUAAAGAUGUCAAGUCAUCCAGCUUUGGACACGGUGGUUUAGUCAUUGGGAUUUUCAGUAAGCCACAGCCAAAGCAAGAGGAAGAGAUUCCCAACUGGCCACCUACGCCAUCUCCACAGCAAGAGUUCUACACGCCCCCUGGAGAUUCUUAUCUGACCCAGUCUUUGCCUCACAAUUUCCACUUCUCCUUGGAUGAAGAAAAACCUGGGAUGCUUUCUGCCGGAGUGGUAGAUCAACUGAGGAGUACCUCUGCUAGUGCUGAUUGCUCAGGAGUUGACUGGGGUAAGAAACUUGAUGAUGUAAAAUCCCAGAAGCUUGACCAGCCAGAGAGAGUUAUCAAAAGGUAUGCCUUCUCUACUGAUGAAGUCUACGAAGAGAGAACUCCUGUUUCAUCAAGAAAUGUCAGUCCCUUGCCUCCUAGCUUCAGUAGAUAUGGCUCAGAUGCUGAUAGACACGGAAAGACGGAUGUUGACAGAUCCAGAAUAACACACGAUGAUGCACAAGUAUUAAGACCAUCCCCGUUGUUAGUAUCCCCACGCUCUGAGAGCCAUGAGGAGCAAACCCCUGUUGCUUCCAGAAAUAUCACACCUGUGCCUCCGGCUCUGGCAAGGGACAUCCAAAAACGUGAAAUUAGAGAUGAUGCCAGGGAAGGUCAAAUUGAGAAGCAAGCUGUUAAGUCUUUCCCAAUGGGUGAAUCUACCCACUAUCAAAGUUACCCAUUGACCAAGCAGGGUUUGGACAGCUUGAGAAGGCAAAAUGACAUCCCUGUUGUGAAUAGCCACCUUCACAACGAUGUCUCCAAAGCGUCUGGAUUCCAUCUUGAUCUAAAGGAUCUGGAUCUAACAGACGGCAAUCCACCUGAUUCCCCCAAUGAUACGUACACCCCAUCCUGCUCCUAUUCACCAAGCCCGACCCCAAGUCAGGAUUUCUUAGAGGACGACUCGUCAAAGAAUCGCUGGUACUUGGCAGGUGACACCAGCCAAGGAGUUCCUCGGAAAUCCAGACAACGUGGGCCAUCCAGCCACUGGCCCGAGCCUGAACUGGAAAACGUCUUCUACUGGGACACCUACGUCCCAAACAAAUACAUGGGAGAUGCUCAGUCUGAUGCAACUCCCGAGCAGAGGCCUUACCAAGACAGCAAAAAUCUAAAUUCCAAGGAUCUCACCCCGACAAACGAUUGGUCUGAGUCAUACAGCACCCUUCAAGCUUUGUCCCCAGAACCUCCCAAAUACGAAGCACCAUCUACCCAGAACACUCAUGCAAAUCUGAGUCGUGCAGACUAUCAAACUGGUACACGUCCUGAAUAUCCUAAACAAAAAUCAGUCCAAAACCCAAGGCCAAGAUUAGAUCCUCCCCGAACAAAUGUUCCGCAAAACCAAGCGAAGUCCUCCCCACUUCCCCGCGCUGAGACACAUUCAGAGCCCCCUCCAAAGUACCCACGAGGACACCCUGUGGACAAAUCGGAUGGUCCAAUCCCUCUUACUGGGUAUCAGAGUCCUAGGGCACUUCCAUUAUUUAAAGGGGAUGCCUUGGUCCCACAAAAGUCUUCAACCUUGCCGCAGCAGAGGAAAAGCCCCAGAAUGAAAGAGGAGCCCAUUCGUUCACCCAGUAGCAGGCCGCUGUCCUCGACUUUGCCUCGGGCAAAGAGCAAGUCACGAUCCCUCGAAAGUAGCGGUCUAUCAGCCGCCGAACGUCUUGGUAUCAAAACUCCACCCCCUAAAAGGACUCCCUCAACAGGGUCCAAGCCCAGCAGGCACUCCUCAGGAAGCGACAAGAUCUACAACUACAGGGAUCCACCGCCAACAUUGGACAAGACGAAAGCAGAGAAGUUGAUUGAAGAGGAGAGGAAAAAGAAGGAGAGACUGCAAGCGGAAGAACAGAAGCAGCGAAGACACUCAGACUACGCACCCAUCAAGUCUCCCAUCAUCACCAAUGAGAGGUUCAGAGACCCGGUCAUCAGUGCUGCCGACGAUGGUCGGAAACAAGAGGUCAAGGCGUGUGCUAUUGCAUUGUAUCCCUUCAAAGCUCAGAACCACAAGGAGUUGAGUUUCAGCAAGGGGGACAUCAUCUAUCUUCUGCGGAAGAUUGACCAGAAUUGGUUUGAGGGAGAGCAUCAUGGCCAUGCUGGCAUCUUUCCUUCCAGCUAUGUGGAGGUCGUCACAUCCCUUGAGGAUGCCAAGAAGGCCCAGCUACACGGUCCAGGCCUGGAGGGCAAGGCCCGGGCCAAGUACAAGUUUUCUGGCGAGACUCAGAUGGAACUCAGCUUCAGUAAGGGAGAGUACAUAGUCCUCAUCAAGAAGAUUGAUGCUAAUUGGUGGGAGGGGAACAUUGGAGAUAGGAAAGGAAUCUUCCCCGCUGCCUACGUGGAGGUGCUCCGAGAACCUACAGGUGUUGCAAGUUCCCCAGCAAAGAAGACUCAACCAGCUACAAGCCACUCACCUUACCAACCCCCAGCACAGCAUAUGGUACAGUCCAGUCCCAAGCAUCAACAAAGACCACAGGCUGUACCAAGUCACCAACCGGGGAGGUCAUCUCAUGGGUCAUCCGGCAGUCAAGGGUCAUACGGAGGCAGCCAGAGGGAGCCUGAGCGGUACUUUGAAGAGCCUGUUCCUAAGCCCAGCAGGACACUUGCAGCUGGCCAGGAUCUAUUUGUGGCCUCUUUCGCGUACAUACCGCAAAAUGAGGAUGAGAUCGAACUGCUGGAGGGAGACUUGGUGAACGUCUUGGAGAAAUGUGAUGAUGGUUGGUACGUCGGGAUGUCCGAGAGAACUGGCAUGUUUGGAACCUUCCCCGGGAACUAUGUGUACAAACGUGAAACAUGAAGACUUGCAAUGGUCAGCCCAUCUUAGACUUGAGUUGUUGACACCUACAAUAGCAACAGAACUGCCGAAUAAAAUGUUAACGUGUAACCUGCAAAAAGAGCAUGCAUCGAGGUCAACAUGGAGAUAAAAGGUCAAGAGUCGGGACACUCAGGUUAGGUCAAAGGUAGUUGUUUUGCAAUGAUCCUCGGCAAAACUGCUUGAUCGCAUUUCUGAUUAACUUCAAAUCAUCAGCAUGCAGUCAGAAGUCUCUGCAAAGAAAAGGUCAUUUUGAUUUCGUGGAGAUAUAUCUAUUGGACUCGUAUGGCUUUAUGUAACUGCAUCUAUAGGCCUGUUUCAGAUUAUGCUUUUAAUAUAAAUUUACAUGUAACCUCAAAUCGUUGUCUCACUUCUUAGAUAAUACAUGCAGUUACAAAGUGCAUUUUGCUAAAAUAUUUUGUACAUAUCUUAGUUUUUGAAGAUUUCUUGUUUGGUCAUUUGUCCCAUUCCCCCCAAAGCAUGAGUUCUGGAAUUGUGAGGUACGUUACGCCAAGUGCCUUAGUGCCUCAGUGCAUGUGUGUGCUACUUUAAAACUGAAAAAGAAAUGGUAUUACUAAACAAAAAUCAAAACAUAAGAUGAAUUCAUUCAAAUAUCCAGUAGUUCAAUUUUGUCAAUUAAAAUUUUUGAAAAAAAAAAGUUUGAGUGAAUGCAAUGCUUUCAAACCACGCAUGUAAUACCUGAUAUAGUGCACAGUUUGUAGACUGUGACUAACAUAUUUAAUGUAAAUACGAGCAAAAUAGUGUCAGAAGAAUAGAUUUUAAACAGUUCUGUAUUUUCACCAGUUUGUGUAUUCACCAAAAAAAAUGAAAUAUAUAAAUUUAUUAUAUUACUAACUGAGAUUUAAUGAUGGAUACUGAAAAAUUAAAACGUUAAAUGUGUUUGGCUUAAAAACAGAAUGUUUGUGCUGCCAAAAUGGAAAAUUCAUGUGUAUCAAAAUGUUAAUAAGUAGUUGUGUUCAGUGCAGCAUUGUUUUGAUUUGACAUGAAAUGUUAUUCUUUUGUAAUAAAAAAAAAUUAACCGUUGCUUUGAAGACUACCAUAGAGAAAGUAGGCUUCAUGUUAGACCCACAUUCUACACUCUCACAUCACUUACGCCCUACUUAAACAUUUCUUGAUGCUAAAUGUCGUUGAUUGGGGAGCUCUUUCAACACGAUUAGGAUGGAUAAAAUAAAACAUCAUUUUAAAAAUGAGGCGGGGCUAAAAGUAGCUUGAGGUACCUCUUAGCCUCAUUUUGUCGGAUUGGUCACAUAUAUUUUUCCAGAGUUUCCGAGUGGUUACCUUUAAUUCAGAAGGCAUACGGAGACGUCCCCCGUAGAUUGUUUAUUUUUCCAGAUGAUUCAGAGAUUUGUUUUAUGAAGCUAUCACGUUGACCAUCAGAUUGCCUGGCAUUUCUUCAGGCAAUCCCUUCCCACCCAAGAUUAUAGUUUGCUAUGGAAGACUUGUAACAUUUUGGCUGUUCACACUGUAAUUUCCAUGCAUUGAUCUUGACUGUUUUAAUAUAGACAGGACACUAAAAAUACUUGAUGCAUUUUAUUGAAAGGCCACGAACUUUAUUAUGCGGCAAUGACCCAUCCCCAAGGCUUCUUAUAUAUCCUUUUCAGUUGUGCUUUUAAGAUCUGUUUCUUAUUGUCUGUUCAUCCAAACAUGGAGAACUGUGAUAAUAAACAUCACCAAGAUAUCACAAAAGACGAGAGUAUUUAUUUUAUCUAUGCCCCAGAUUUAUAUCUCAGAAUUGGUACAGUUGAGACUAGUUCUAAGUUCAUCGUUUUCUUUUCAGGUCUGUUCUUUUUUCGUUUAAGACAAAGAUGUGAUGACUGAUUUGCGUCCUUUAAGAUAAAUAUUAUACCAUGAGGUUUCCAGAUGGGGGCAAAUUUGAUAAGUUAGAUGAAACUUGUUUGUUUUCAGUUGGAAAAUGAUUAAUGUGCAUAGCCCAUUGACACUGGUUUUGCAUGAUUUGGUGGGGUUUUUUUUAAUAGAGAUGUAUCAUGUGUGAUAGAAUUUAUGUACAGAUAUAAUUGCUGCCAGAGUUGUUACCUGUUCAUAUUUUUUUUGUUUCAUUUUUUUUGUCGUCAGGAUGUUGUUUUUUUUACGCCAAAUUAAAACGUGUGUAUGUGUUCAUUGCAGAAGAUUUAAGAAAAUUAAGUUAAAAUUGUUGUGUCGUGGUUACAUCUUUAAAACCAGAUACUUUGAUGAACUUUUGUGCUAGUAUUUCGGUUGCAAUUUAAUUGAGAAGAAUGGUGUACUAAAGCAGUAUACCGACUUAAAAGUUGUGGUUGAAUCAUAAGUGAAAAUGAAUUUCUCAAAUUUGAAAAUUGAUUUCAAGAUGUCAGUUCGAAAGUUCACUUGGUACUGAGCUUUAAUUAACCAAAGUAAACAGUGGAAUGUAAGAUAAAUAGUCAUCCUUGUACAUGUAUAAGAUCUCUUCCUUGUUUGAUUUGACAAGAACUGCGUAGUUUCCACAAAAAAAGUUCUUACUGUUUGAAAUAGUGAUAUAAUAUAAUAUCUAAUAUACCUGCACUUAGCGAUGAAAUGUUGUGUCUCACUCGUAAUGCACUGGUAAAGAUAAGUACCUAUAAUGAAAUAUAAAUGUAUCAUGUCUAAUACGACAUGCAUCCAUACAAAUGUAUGUAGGUUAAUUUCAUAUUAGUGUAAAAGUACUCUUUUGAACGAUAGUUUGCGAUUUAACCGAUGGAGUUUAUGAUUAUUAACUAGCUGUUGAACGCUUAUUAUUUAGCCAUUAAUAUUUAUUCGUCUACAGAAAUUGGCGAUCGAUAGUGCUAAUUUCGGUUAAUGCUUUUCAAGUUGCUUAUCCUAUAGAGACGAAAAUAAUACACUUGCUUAUAGUAUGUACAUAGUACUAAAUGAAUUUUCAGAAUUCCCCAUUCGUUGACACAGAGUCAGCUGACGUGAUUGAUUUGCAUGUUUUGAAUAUUUAAAUUUACGAAGCAUUUUGUACAGUACGUUUCAAGAAAGUGUUGAAUUAUUCAUGAGUGUGUCAAGUAUUCACGAGUGUAUUAUAGAAGCCUAUGUUUAAUAUUUUGAUGCAUGAUGUAGAAAGCGUGUCACUAGAAAAAUGGCAAGUUAUUUUAAUUAUUAUGCAUAAUUCUGAAAAUUUAGCGGCAGAUUAUACAGUUUUUUCGUACUUUCCAUUUUGGCUACCAGGGUAUGGCGAUUAAUUAGUUUUAUUAAUAUUCACUAUAAAAGAAAUGCUGACGAAAAAAAAUAAUAACUAGAAGUCGCAAAUUUAGUUUUUUUGUUAUGAUUAACAACAGGUUGACAGAUCUUCCUUUUUCUAAACAAAAAUAAUGACAUUAAAGGAUUUUUUUAAGGGAGGUAAAAUGUUCUCCGAUUACUGUUUUUCAUCAGCCCAAAUGUAGCCAGCUUUAUACGCAAGAAAAAUGUUAAUUACAGAUCUCAUUUUGUUCAUGUCCAAUUUGUUUUUUACUGCACCAAUACGGUUUUGAUGUAAACUGCAUGUUUUUCUUAAUGUAAUCAAAAAUGUUUUCAAAAUGCUUGUACGUUUUGCGUCACAAAAAAUAAACACUUUGUUUUUGCUCCAGAUGUUAGCGUAUAAAGCAAUCGCUUAGGAACUUUGUUGUGUUUUUAAUAAUAGCAGUCAAAAUGUUAGCAAAAAAUCACAACAUACAAUGCACUCAUUACUCUUUAUUCGAAUAGAGCUAGAAUUGCGAACCACUAUCCGUGUAGCUUGCAAAUCGAAUGAGAGGUUUGAAAAUGUCGGAGACUUUGAGUUAAUGCGGAUUGUUCAGCGUUCUUUCGCUAGGUAUUUUUUUGAUCGUGGCAGAGAUACUGUCAGUGUAGCGAAUUGCAAUAAAGAUUGGAAUUAACACUUA